CACGCCAGCAGAGGCUUGCGAAUGGGAGCUUUAUUUUUAUUGAAGAGUCUGGAGAUUUUCAGUCUCCGUCAGACUUCUAUCAAUUUGAUGAGAGGAGUAAAAUUAAAGCAAAAGAUAAGGGCUAAGACAGAAGUAAGGUUUUGGGGUGAAAUUCUUGCUCCAGUAAAGACCUUUUCUCCCCAGUUGUAAAACGCACUGGAUGAAAGGGGACUUCAUCUCCCUGCAGGCUUUGCGGCUUUUGAACUACAAAUCCCAGCAUGCCACAUCUACAGCAGUUACUGGGAGAUGUAGGUAUUUGCAGGGCCGCGUAUUGUCUCCGAGGAGUGGUUUCUUGAAGUCGCGGUUUGUGAUUGUGGCUGGAAAAGAGAGAAGUAUUUUAUGUAUGUCUCUAAGAGGCAAGAGAUGGCUUUGGUAAAAAGAAGCCGUUGAGUCGCUAAAGGACGUGGUAAGAGAAUUUAAGGCAUCACCAGCAGAGAAGAAACGAUUGGGAAUGUGAUGCCGUCUUCCGGAACUUGCGCUUUCUGUUUUCUUCCGAGCUAAGUGAACCUCUUCAGCCUCCGUAGGCAGUGGGUUCAAAGUGCCGGUCAAAAUGGAGGUGAAUCCCCCCAAACAGGAGCACCUGCUGGCCCUGAAAGUUAUGCGGUUGACCAAACCUACUUUAUUCACCAAUAUUCCAGUAACAUGUGAAGAGAAAGACUUACCUGGAGAUCUCUUUAACCAACUUAUGAGAGAUGAUCCUUCAACUGUAAAUGGUGCAGAAAUUUUAAUGUUGGGAGAAAUGUUGACCUUACCACAGAAUUUUGGGAAUAUAUUUUUGGGAGAGACCUUUUCCAGUUAUAUCAGCGUCCAUAAUGAUAGCAAUCAAGUUGUAAAAGAUAUAUUGGUUAAAGCUGAUCUUCAGACAAGUUCUCAGCGUUUGAAUCUUUCAGCCUCUAACGCUGCAGUGGCUGAACUUAAACCCGAUUGUUGUAUUGAUGAUGUCAUACACCAUGAAGUAAAGGAAAUUGGAACACACAUCUUGGUGUGUGCAGUGAGUUACACGACUCAGGGUGGAGAAAAAAUGUAUUUUAGAAAAUUCUUCAAGUUUCAGGUUCUCAAACCAUUGGAUGUGAAAACCAAAUUUUACAAUGCAGAGAGUGACCUCAGUUCUGUGACUGAUGAAGUAUUUCUUGAAGCCCAGAUUCAGAAUAUUACAACCUCACCCAUGUUUAUGGAGAAAGUUUCAUUGGAGCCAUCUAUAAUGUACAAUGUAGCAGAAUUAAAUUCAGUCAACCAAGCUGGAGAAUGUGUAACUACAUUUGGGUCAAGAGCAUAUUUGCAGCCGAUGGAUACACGCCAGUACUUAUACUGCUUAAAACCCAAGAAGGAGUUUGCAGAAAAAGCAGGCAUCAUUAAGGGAGUAACGGUAAUUGGAAAAUUGGAUAUAGUAUGGAAAACAAAUCUAGGUGAAAGGGGAAGGUUACAGACCAGCCAACUUCAAAGAAUGGCUCCAGGUUAUGGAGAUGUUAGGUUGUCUUUGGAGGCAAUCCCAGAUACUGUAAACCUUGAAGAACCUUUUCAUAUUACUUGUAAAAUAACGAACUGCAGCAGUGAAAGAACGAUGGAUCUUGUUUUGGAAAUGUGCAAUACCAAUUCUAUCCACUGGUGUGGCAUUUCAGGAAGACAACUUGGAAAGCUCCAUCCAAGUUCCUCUCUCUGCCUUGCCCUCACACUACUGUCUUCAGUGCAAGGACUGCAAAGCGUCUCCGGCUUAAGACUAACAGACACAUUCUUAAAGAGAACAUAUGAAUACGAUGACAUCGCACAAGUCUGUGUGGUAUCUUCGGCUAUUAAAGUGGAAAGCUGAAGAAAAUGUCCAGUGUUACACUUUUCACUGAGUUGCCCAGAAUUUUCUGUAUUUUUGUCACCUUUGUAAAAUGAUCAACAGUAAAAAUAAGUAUGUUAUUUAAAUUUCUUUCCUAUAAAAGUUAAAAUAUUAAAUAUUUGUUUUGAAAAGAACCAUCUACUGAUUUUAUCUUGUAAAUUAUAUUCCAAAGGAACAUUUGUAUAUUUUCUGCACAUGUGAUUUUGUUUCACUUUAAAUGACAAUUGGACUUUGUUCUCCAAAAGCUAUAUUUGAGGCCAUGUGUCCCUAGCAGGUAUCUUGAACAACGGUCAGUAAACUUUUAAUGCAAAGGGCCAGAUACUGCAUAUGUUAGACCUUGCAGGCCACGAGGUUUCUGCUGAAAUUACUCUGCGGUUGUAAUACAAAAGCAGCCGGUAGGCUCUAGUGACUUAGACAGGAAAGAAUCUGCCUGCAGUGGAGGCGACCCAGGUUCAAUCCCUGGGUCAAGAAGAUUCCCCUGGAGAAGGGAAUGGCUACCCACUCCCAUAUUCUUUCCUGGAGAAUUCAAUGGACAGAGGGGCCUGGCAGGCUACAGUCCAUGAGGUUGCAAAGGGUCGGAAACAACCGAGCGACUUUCACUUUAGGCAAAAAUUGUCCCACAGCAUUUACAAAAACAAGCAGCUGGCCAGACCUGACCUGCAGGCCAUAGCUUGCUGACCUUGAUCUCAAAGAUACAGUGGUUUCUUAAAACUGUAGAAUUCUCAUCAUCCUUUAUAUAGGAGUAUUUUCGUUAACACCAGCUGUUUCCUCAGUCAACAAAAAAAGUUUAAAACAACUGUGGUGGUCCUCACAUAAUCUUGUAUUUGCUAACACGGUAUGAAUUUUUCUAGUUGUUUUCAAAAUUAUAUUGACAUCUGUAUUUUUGUGUGCAUACAAACACAAACGUCUAACUUUCAGUUACUAAAUGCAGAUAAGAAUUGGUUUUAUUUCUUAAACUGUCAAUUACUCAGAUAACUCUAAGCUAAGAAGCCUCAUCAUUUUCUAAGACUGAACUGAACUGAACUGAACUGAAGCCAAGAAAGUCCUGUUUUAUUCCCAUUGAAAAAUAAACUACUUUUUUUAAAGGCAUACUUAAAGGAUUUCCAGCUUCUGAUACUUGAUUUUGAACUCUACAUCAUGUAUUAUUAUUACAAAACUGUUUCUGGAUAUAAUCACAUUAAUUUACUUAUGUCAUAUACAAAACAGUGAGGAGAUUAAGACUAUAAACAACUUUUCGAUAUGGAUGUAAUAAAAGUUUCAGUACUUUGAAACAAAACAAAAACUAAUGCUGUUAAAUAAAAACUUAAGUUGAAAUUCAAGCAUGUGUAUAUAACUGCUUAAAUGUAAAUGCAUUAAGUCAAAUACAAAAAUCGGUUCUUCUUAAAUGCAUAAUUAUUUAUUGCCAUGACAAAUUGUUUGAUCCAAAAUGAAAGCUGUAUUCAGAAUGAGAUUUGCCCUUAAAUUGAAGAGGUAAUUAAUGAAACAUCCGUGCAAAAUAAAGUGCAAGCAGUGUAAAAUUA